CUUUGCUCAAUUACUUGGACUCAAAGAGGGCAUCUCCUUCUGUUCAAGAAGCUGCAGCCAAAGCUGUUCUCAAGAGAUUGCUCCUGAGUGCUAUGUACCCAGUUUCCAAUUCAAGAUUGUCCCUCGAUUAAAGGAGCCACAGCUGUAGAAAUUGCAUCUGGCCUCUAUCGGUACUUAAAGUAUUGGUGUGGUGCUCAUGUUUCAUGGGACAAGACUGGUGGAGUUCAGAUAGCUUCCAUCCCCAAGCCAGGAUCACUGCCUCUUGUAAAAGACGAUGGGGUGAUGAUUCAGCGGCCAGUCCCAUGGAACUAUUACCAGAAUGUUGUUACAUCUAGUUGAUUUUAAUAUUAGCAAGGAUGAUUUGAAUGAUUUCUUUGGUGGACCUGCUUUCCUUGCUUGGGCUCGCAUGGGAAAUUUACAUGGGUGGGGUGGACCCUUAACUCAAAAUUGGUUAGAUCAGCAAUUAGCUCUACAGAAACGGAUAUUAUCUCGGAUGCUAGAGCUAGGAAUGACGCCUGUGCUGCCAUCAUUCUCUGGGAACAUUCCAGCAGCCUUGAAGAAGAUAUCUCCUUCAGCAAACAUAACUAAACUUGGAAACUGGAACUCUGUUGAUGCUAAGUGUCGUUGGAGCUGUACUUACCUUCUGGAUCCCUCUGGUCCUUUAUUUGUUGAGAUUGGGGAGGCUUUCAUUAGGCGACAAGUUAAAGGUUAAAUUGAAGUGGAUGAGUUGGUAGAUUGGUCUUGUCAGUCAAAAAUCAUUUUUGUUCAAUGAGGCAUCCAUGCCAACACUGCAUAUGAGAGAAGGAAAUGCAAACGAGGUGGAAAGCAAAGUUGCAUCAAAGUUACAAGCGCGCAAAGGUUUGUUAGUAGCUUCCGACAGGUUAGUACAGUAAAAUAUUUUGCUAAACUCAUCAUUUGAUAGUUCUUAAUGAUCCAAGUUAUUAAGUCAAUUGAGCUACUUUAGAGUAAAAUAACAUUAAAUAGCUUUCAAUGGAUAAAGCAAAAGUAGAAGUAUUAUUACUUCAAUCUUUUUCCUCUUUACAAUUGAUAAAUGUAGGAUUAUAAUUUUUUUUUUCUUUUUUUGGAGUUUAGCAUUUGCUUGUGACUCUUACAGAUUCAUUGGACCAUACUGCUUCAUUUAGUUUCUGUCAAAUAAAAUGCAAGACUAUCAUAUCAUGGUAAUACUAUGACAAUUCCAAUUAUCCACCAGGUAGACGAAACGGGUAGCCACCAGUUGUCAAAGAUACUGCUUUAAAUAAGGCUACAAAUACACUCAAAGCUGAACCUAAACGAAUAAUUCAAGAUGCACUAAACCAAGUGAUGGUGAAACAGGCUACUACUGUCAUGGCCUGUCCAUUAUCUGAAGGUGAUCAAAAUUAAAUUAUCAGAGAGAAAGGAGAGCUGGAGAUUUUGAUUGUGAAUUUGCCACCUUGACAAACUGAGAAGGGCCAGCAUUUUCUGCUGCAGAGUUGCAAAUAAUAAUAAGGUCCAGGCAUUUCACAAACAUUGAGGUCACAUGUCAAGCGGAUACGAAGUUAAUUGCUAUCACCCAGUGGUGCAAUUGGAUGCAGACAAAUCUGUUACUAGCUUAAUGGAAAUUCAUCGACUAUCAAUGUUCUUGCACUUCAAUUCUAUAAGAGAGGGAAACUAUAUACCUAGUUAUUAAUCUAAAAGCUAAUGAGGAACAACUUGAGAUUAGAUCUCAGAGUCUUGCAUGUGUUCAACAAAAGAAAUAAUCCUAGUACACUCUGCAGAGGCACCCUCCCACAACCAAGUGCAAAGCUAAACCUGAAACAAUGUCUCAGCCUUUCAGGGGUAACUGUAGGUGUGCCUCGUCUACAUAGCAUUGUAGUACCAUGCUGGCAGAGGAGAGAGGACAUUGAAGGAGCAAAAUGUUUCGUUCGCAUGUAACAAUGGCCUUGGCCAAUAGAAUUUUACCUGAUGUGGUAUACACUCUUCGCCUUUUCUUUAUAUAAGAGGAAGGAAAACUUGUAUUAAGACA